GUGGUUGUAUAAGUAGGUGUAGGUGGUUAAGCAGGUGGUAUAGGUGGGGAGGUCUGAAGGGGUGGUCCCUAAUAAUUGUCAGAUAGCCUCGCCUAGUUACAAUUAAUACGUAGUGGACGGGCAGGUGAUCAUAACCAAGGAUGGUGACAACAACAAUAACGAAUCGCCUCGUAGAGAUACAGGUGGUCGAUACCGCAUUGGGGAUUAGUAUAACUGAUGGGUCGAUCGCCUGCAUUGCAUCUGGAUAUGGCAGAACCUCUCUGGAGCGGAGACAAGCUCAAGAAUACCAGUGGUGACGUAAUGGUUAAAAGGCAAUGACAUGAGAUACUGAAAAUCGCAUGUGUGUUGCAUACCAACCAAGACGAGCCGGAGCAAAUUCUCCAGAUUCCCUGUAGACGAGCUUCUUUCGUAGUCGUAAUUAUAUGUCUCUCAGGUGACUCCAAUGGCUUAAGCAGGAGCUGAGGAAAAAGGAUCAUGGAUUGGGCAACAUUUAAUCCGAGCUGUAACCACCUGGUCUUGAAUGAAAGUAGUGAUAAACUGCCGGUUACUUUACCUUGUCGUCAUCCCGACAUACCAAGAACCUUAGUGCUGCCUCUAAAUCACCAUCUCUACAUCGUGCACUCUUGAAUAUAUACAACGCCACUGUCGCUCUGUGUCAGUCAACUGAGCCCGAACGUUCUCGGUUGUUUCCCCGCUCGAGUCAAUAAUCUGUUGCCGUUAUGAAGGGCAUUUGGGGCUCCCACGAAGAGCGAAACAACGGUAGCUCGGACUGCGCGUCCGCGAGAAAUUCGAUCAAUAAUGAACGCGACUCGGCACUCCCCAAUGAGCACACCCGGCUUUUGCCCAACCGGGUUGAAAGUGCGACUUAUUUGAGUCCGGAUGACCCAGCGGUCUCGCCAUAUAACCUCUGGAGCAUCCGAGUCACCCGAUAUUUCACCAUUCUUUUAACUCUCAUCGCCUUUGCCUGGUGGAUUAUCCUUCUAGUCUCGACAUUCAUCACUCCUCCGGGCUUUUACACUCGUGGUUCAGGGUUCUUCCCAUUUAGCUAUGCUAGUCUGGCACUUGCCAACUUGUUGUUCACCCUUGUAUUCUUCGCAGUGCCUUCCAGAGCUGUGAGGAUUGCAAGCAUUGCCAUAAGCAUCCUUCUUCUCAUCAAUGUGAUUAUCUUAAUUUCAGUACAGCAGACAAGAUACGAGGAAGGGUGGGUUGGUAUAGCUAGUGUUUUGUGGGCUUUUGUUACGGCAAUCUGGACGCUCAGCACCGAUCGGCUCGUCGAAUGGGGAAAAUAUGAGGAGGAAGAACGGUUAACGGGACGAGCCGAAACUCGACGCACAGUGGGCGAGUGGCUUGCCGUUUUAGUAUCAACCAUCUUCAUGGUGAUACUCGCCAUCGUCGUAUUCUUCAUGGGCUGCACACUGUUUCUCCGAGCGCUUGAUGCUGGUUUGGAGGCACCUGGAAAGCGCUAUUGGGUUGAUGGUAACAAGUACAAGCUACACGUUUACUGUCACGGAAACCAUACAGAUAACAAGGGCGCAAAGUUACCGACGGUGUUACUCGAAGGAGGUGAAGGACCUGUUGAAGAUGGGCUAUGGGACUUUGCAAAUAAUGCCAUUAUGAAUGGAUCGAUCAGUCGUUAUUGCUUCGUAGAUCGUCCCGGAUUUGCCUGGAGUGAUGCCGCGCCGUCACCCCUCUCUGCGGGAAUGGCUGUUGAGGCUGUUGACGAAGCGUUGACGAGAGCUGGAGAGGAAGGCCCUUGGGUCUUCAUGAGUGCUGGGAUUGGAUCCAUAUAUUCCCGAAUUCUUUCUUCGCGCCAUGGCAAGAAUAUCAAGGGCUUGCUACUCAUCGACCCGUUACACGAAGAGUUUCUCAACGACGUUGGCACUUCCAGACGGGGUUUCCUCUUGUGGUUUCGAGGCAUCAUCUCGCCAUUAGGAAUUGAUCGCGUGCCUGGAGCUGUGUUCAGGGGCCGAACGAAAGAAGACCGUGUGUUUGGGCGAGCCGCAUAUCAGACCGGCAAAUACAUAUUUGCCAAAUUACAGGAAAACUUGGUAGCUGACACAUUAUCGAAACGUGACGUGGCUAGUAGCCGAGCUAUCCAAGCAAAAGGCGUGCCACUUACACUAGUCAGCUCUGGUAUCCAGAUCCGUCAAGACAGCAAAUGGGAGGAGAAGCAGAGAGAUCUCAGCAAUCUCACCCGUAACCUACAACAUUGGGACAUUGUCAACAACGCACCUCAUCAGGUUUGGAGAACGUCCGAGGGGCGUAACAUCAUUGAGAAGAGAUUGAGACAGCUAGUGCACGGGUGAAAUUAUUUAGCAGGUAAUAUUUAGUUUUGGAGGGCUUGUUGUUGUGCGAAGUUACUGGGUUUAUGAACGCGAAUGCAUUCUGAUGGUGUUUUGGUGCGUUAUCUGCUGAAUGAACAUCUGUUGAACUCUUGGGAAAUUGGCAUUGGUAUGUACCGAAAUUGUAUUGCAUAGUAUUGUGACUGAUACCUAUAAGUUGUUCAACUAUGAAUAUGAGCCCGUGUAUAUUAACAUUAGUACAUAAGUGCGUAGGUAAUCAGAUGACAGAAUUGAUGAAUGCCACGGAUUUGUCGAGUCUCA